AUGCCGUCGCCGUCCGCCCAAGCCUCUCCCUUCAUCGCUCCACGGCCCAUCCACCCUCACCAGCAGCAGCAGGUCGCUGAUUAUUCCCGGACACAGGGAGAGCCGUCCCGGAGGAUACCAGCGUCUUCAGAUGCCAGAGACAGCCAUGCCGGCUCGCACACAGCAGAGGAGGGCGGCAGACUCAGUGAUACCGACGACCACGCCUCCUCGACCCCCGCCUUGCCAUCCUCUAUAAUAUCUCCCGCCUUCACUCCUCCGUCCACUCCCGGAGGCGGCAGCGGCAGCACCAGCGUCUACCCUUCCAUUCUCUCUCCAAAGCCUAGAAUUGAGGCUAGACACACGCCCUCUAAGCCGCCGAGGCUGCUGCCGCAUCUUCCACAGGUAGAAUGCAUCGUUCGUGCUAGGAUACCGACCACCACCGGCGCAGAGAUGUUCCUGCACCUCUACCAGAACGACGCCGAUAACAAGGAACACCUAGCCAUUGUCUUUGGAAACUCAAUCCGCAGCCGCAGCCUGGACAGGGUUCGAGAGGGAGAGACAGAGAUGGACCGUAUGAUCAGGGGUGCAUACGUUGGCAGACUACGGCCAGGGCGGAUAAGCAGUCGAUACGACGAACUUGCAAACACGGGCGGCAGACCCGGGGAGCGCACAGAGACUCCGCCAGAAACUGCAGUACAGCCUCCGUCGCAGGCUCCGCUGGUCAGAAUACAUUCGGAAUGCUACACCGGGGAGACUGCAUGGUCGGCUCGGUGUGACUGCGGCGAGCAGCUAGACGAAGCCGCACGACUGAUGUCGGAACCCACGUCCACCGGCACCGAUGCCGGCUUCCAAGAGCCCGGCGGCGUGAUCGUCUAUCUGCGUCAGGAAGGGCGUGGCAUCGGCCUCGGUGAGAAACUCAAGGCAUACAACCUGCAGGAUCUUGGCUCGGACACCGUAGAAGCCAACCUGCUCCUCCGCCACCCUGCAGAUGCUCGCAGCUACGGUCUUGCAACCGCCAUACUCGUCGACCUGGGGCUGGGACAAGACUCGUCAGACCGUGGCAUCCGGCUGUUGACCAAUAAUCCGGAUAAAGUCGCUGCGGUGGAAGGCCCGAACCGAGAGAUUGCUGUCAAGGAGAGAGUGCCCAUGGUACCACUUGCGUGGAAAACAGGCGGUACCAAGGGAAUAAAGAGCGUAGAGAUUGAAGGAUACCUUCGGACGAAGAUUGGAAAGAUGGGCCAUAUGAUUGAAUAG